AUCGAACACAAAGCUGCCAUGAGUAAUGCAAGCUUUUCCCAGAAUAUCUCCAUUGUUCGUCCUCAAUAUUUUUUCAUCAUUGGGCUUUCAGGUAUACCAUACAGCAGUUAUUAUUACAUUUUCUUAUUUAUUACAUAUUUUAUUACUGUAAUUGGGAACUCUAUAGUCCUUCUCAUUAUUGCUCUUGAGCGAAGUCUGCACAGUCCAAAGUACAUUGGUGUACUUAACUUGGCCUUGGCUGAUAUUGGUGAAACUAAUGCACUGAUUCCUAACAUGAUGAAGACUUUAUUGUUUGACUCACGGUACAUCUCCUACAAUGCUUGUUUGAUCAAUAUGUUUUUUGUGUUCCUUUUCAGUUCUGUACAAAGUGUCACUCUUGUUGUUCUGGCAUAUGAUCGCUUCAUUGCAAUUUGUUUGCCAUUGAGAUAUCAUGCUCUUGUGAACAAUACAAGUAUGGUUUUAGUUUUCUCGGCAGUUUGGGCAUUUAAUUCUUCUGUUGUGGCCUUGAUGGUGUCUUUGAUCACCCGUGUUUCAUUCUGUGAAUCUAAUAUGAUACAAAGUUAUUUUUGUGAUCAUGGACCAGUGUAUAGGUUGGCAUGUAAUGACAAUACCAUUAAUAAGUUCAUGGCAUUUCUCAUCACAGGUUUAUACCUUGUAGCACCACUGGUCAUUAUAUUUCUGUCAUAUGUGGGCAUUUUUCUUGCUUUAAUCAAAAUUACAACUUGGCAAGGACGUUUAAAAGCUUUGAAGACCUGUGUUUCUCACCUGUUGUUAGUUGGGAUUUAUUUCCUUCCCUUAUUCUGUGCAUAUUUUGCACAGCUCUUGCUUGCUCUUGCUCCAAAUGCAAGAGUCAUCAGCACAUCUCUGGCAUAUGCUAUUCCACCAAUGCUAAAUCCCAUAAUUUAUGUUUUAAACACUGCUGAAAUUAAAGAUAUAGUUCAAAAAAUGUUUAAAAACAGAUCUGAGAACCUUUCUAAAUGAGUGAAAUGUCUUGUUUAAUAAUUGUGAAUUAAAUUACCCAUAUGAAGACACCAUUUCGCAGGCUCACAGAGGUCUGUAUCUCUUGCAGCACA